UUUCGCUUGCGUAAGGAACCUGCCUAACAUAGCCAUCUCCAACAGUCCAGGCUGAAUGAAAAUGAAUUGCAUUAGAUGGUAGAUCAACAUGGCUGCUAUCUUCUUCAAACUGGAUUCGUUAAGUACAAUGCUUUGAUACCUGUUCUAGUGAAUAGUCAUAUGAACUACUUCGACAUGAGGUAGGUGUUUGCUUAGCAAGAUGAAAAUAAUUUCAAUAAAGAGGGACUAGAAAGAGGUUUCACUCUAAACUGUCAUGAAAUUCUGUGGAGUGAUAGGUUCGCAGAAAAAAUAAUGCGGAUUCCAAAUGUUUGCAUCUUUCUUAUGCUUUCAAGUCUGGCAUUGUUCCUAACACGUGCUGGGUCAUGGAUUCUACGUCUGCCAUGCAAAGAAGAAGGAGUGUUUGACGUUGCAUCUCCAGGCUACGCACUUUAUAAUCGAUUGCUUUCAACAUUGACAGCUUCAAGUUUAGAAGAUUGUUUUGAUAAUUGCAGAAUUACUAAAAGAUGUAAGUCUGUAAAUUUCAAAGAAUCUGGUGAAGGUAACUGCGAGCUGAAUACUCAAACAAAGGGGAAUGGUAACCUGGUAGAUUUCAAAACCAAAGAUGGCUGGACCUAUUAUGCUACAAAUUACAACACUAAAAAUAUUGGUUCUUACUGCGAGUUAUUCAAGCCUUGCAGGCAGUCAGAGUACUGUAUUGACACGUGCUCGUGCCCAGGCUUUAGGUGCAUCGUUUGCAGCGAUAAAUACAAACUGAAUGAUGAAUUGCAAUGCGUUGCGAAUAUAGCAUUUCACAAGCCAGCAGUUCUUUCGACGCAGCAUGAUGCAGACACACCUGGAGCCAAUGCAGUUGAUGGUAGCUUAGUAGGGCAUCACGCAACAUGUGCCAUUACAACACAUCAGGAAUUUCCUCCAUGGUUUCGUGUUGAUCUACAACAAAAACUUCCUGUUCGAUCAGUUGCUUUGCAAAACAGACAAUACUGUUGCUGGCAUCGAAUGAACCCAUUUGAUGUUCGCGUCGGCAUGAGUGUGGAGAAUGAUGGUAGAGUGAAUCCUAAAUGCGUCAACGGUGCCAGUUUUACCCAGAUAAACCAAUACCUCAGUUGGAAUGUCCUUCAGUAA